AUUUAAAGACAAGGCAUUUCCUUUACGGACAUCGUACUUGUUUUUAAGUAAUACGCGAAAAUCCGUAUCGUGUUCGUUAUGUGAAUGAGAACGAGGAAGAAGAAGAAGAAGAAGAAGAAGAAGAGAAAAUUUAUAAUGGCGAUGACAACGAACAUUGACGAAAUUAAUAUGGCACAAUUUCAUAAAGGUUUAUCCGAAUGGUGGAGCGAGGAAACAGAAUAUGCUUUUCAAAGGAUCGAAAGGUGGACGGCUUUAGUUAGAGGAUACAAUCGAUUUAAGUCAGAAAGAUUAUCGAAGGGCCAUCAGACGAUGCUCGACGAGCGUAUAUCAAAUUGGAAUAUAACUUCGAAUAAACUUAUCAUUGAGGAUUCUUCUUUGAGUCCGUGUUUUCAUAAUUUCAAAAGAAAUCGACGUAGAUCUCAUCACGAAGAGAAAAUGAAGAUCAAUCAAAAUAAUGUUAACAGUGUUCUUGGAUAUCGAUCUAAUGAUAAUUUGGAUAGCGCUUGUUUAGCGAAUUAUAGAUACGAUCAUAGUAUUUAUUUCAAGACCAUCGGUGAAAUUAGAAAUGAUAAGAAAACUCUUAAGGAAAUUAAUGAUGAUUCUAAGAAGGAAAAUCUCUUGAUCGAUGCUGCAGUAGUAGUAGUAGAAGAAGAAGAAGAAGAAGAAGAAGAAGAAGAAGAAGAAGAAGAAGAAAUUGAAGAUGAGAGUAAAGAUUAUGAACCCAGGCUCAUUUAUCAUUCAAUGGACUAUAGAUUUUAUCUCGACAAUGCUGAUUCCAGAGGUAAAUUUAAUUCCAAUCGAAAAGAUGUUAAUGUCUGGCCUAUCACUGAUUUAGCAGAUCUCGAUUUAAAUUCGAAAAUAUCUAACACGGUGUAUCAUAAAAACGAAGUUAAAUCUAUGCUCGAGAUAAAUAAUAAAAAUAUGGAAAUAACAAAGGAUGGUACCGAGAAUAGAGAUGAUUAUGAAAGUGGAAUGUUUAAUCAUGAAUUGAAAAAUGAAUUCAGAAAGAGUCAGAGUGAAACUAAGGGAGGAUUGAAUUUAAAAAUGAUUAAACCCGCAGGGACAAUAAAUGGUUUUAUUGCUUGUCAAAAUAAUAAUGUUUCCUCGGGAACACUUUCAAAUGAUACGGGAAAUGUAUCUACGUACUCGUCACCGUGUUACCGUUAAUCCAUCCAUUUAAAAUACAUGUUUAUUCAACCAGAAAUUCAAUAUUUCCUAACGAUUUUUCCAAUAUUCAUCACAUAUGUUAUAUGAUAUCUGUUUCAUGUACGUUUUUGAGAGACUUAAUAAUUUGAAGCGAAAUAAACGUCAGGGUAGAUUAUAUUUAA